CUGCCAUCAUGCUUCCCUAUGUUGUAUUAAUUGCAGUUCUUAUUCUGCCUGGGCAGGCAAGUGAUGCUCAGAAUAAAACUGUGCUGCGUGUUGUGGGAGGGGUGAUGGCCACACCCAAUUCUUGGCCUUGGCAGGUGUCCAUUCGUGUUAGCUCAAGUGACUGCUAUUCCCACAACUGUGGUGGAGUCCUGAUCCAUAGUCGCUGGGUUCUGACAGCUGCCUCUUGUGCUGGAAGUGAAGGUUUGGUUGCUUUCCUGGGGGAUCACAAUAUUUAUGGGAUUGAAGGACAGGAGCAAAUCAUUCCUGUGGAAAGAAAGGUCAUUCAUCCCAGCUGGACUAACAACCUUGCUGCAGGAUAUGACAUUGCCUUGCUGAAGCUGACCCAGAAUGCUGUUCUGAACUCCUACGUCUCUGUGGCAACACUGCCCAGUAGUGGCGCUAUCCUUCCCCAUAACAACUUUUGCUACAUCACUGGCUGGGGACGUACCAGCACUUAUGGACAGCUGUCAGCUACCCUCCAGCAGGGCUACCUCCCCACUGUGGACUACGCCACCUGCUCCAGCAGCUCCUGGUGGGGAUCUACAGUAAAGUCCACCAUGAUCUGCGCCGGUGGUGAUGGCUACAGAGCAGCCUGUUAUGGCGAUGGUGGAGGAGCCCUGAACUGCUACACAAAUGGAAGAUAUGAGGUUCAUGGAAUUAUGUCUUUUAUGUCUUCACUGGGCUGCAAUGUUUACCAGAAGCCCAGUGUCUUCACUCGCAUCUCAGCUUACACUACUUGGAUCAGCAAUACCAUCGCAUACAAUUAAAUGACUUUGGGCUGCUGUGUGUGGACCACGUGGAUCAUUCGGACUCUUUCUUAAGAUAUAAGGUGAACACUGCCACUGAGGAAAGGAAAUCUCUAAAGCAUGUAAUUGGUAGAUAUGUUAUAUGCAAACAAUAAAACAUUAU